AUGUCGACCACGAAACCAGACAUUGACCUGCAAAUCCACGUCGCCAAAUCGGCCGACGAGGCCUCCCAGGCCUUUGGGCCCAUGUGCCAGGCAUUCGGCGUCCAGACGCAGGAUACCAUCUUCAUCGGCACCUGUCCGGGCUGGGACACGCCGGUCGGAAGGCAAAGGUGCGCGGCGCGUCUCGGCGCCCGGUUUGCCAACACGACGACCAACCUCGCCGGCAAGCCCAACACGGUCUUUCUGCUCGCCACGGCGGCGGCGGACCCCGGCGCGUCGACGGGUGACCGGGUGGUGGCCGGCAUGGCCGUGUGGGAGCAGUGCUCGAGCGUGCCGGGCCACGGCAACGUGCCGACCGAGGGCGCGGGCAUGGCCGACGUCUACCCGGACGACCCCGCGCAGCAGCAGUACUGGACGGCCAUUCUGCGCGCCAUGCACAGCCGGCGCUGGGAGGUGGCGCGGUCCAAGGCCGCCGAGUGCCCGCCCGCCAUCAUGGCGCUCGACAUCUGCGCCGUCGAUCCCCGCUUCCAGGGACGCGGCAUCGGGCAGAAGCUGGUCGAAUGGGGCCUGCAAGAGGCAAAGGCCAGAGGAGACCUCGAGGCCGUGACGGAAGCGUCCGUCAUGGGCCGCCGCGUGUACCUCAAGCUCGGAUUUGAGCAGGAGGGCGCCGAUAUUGAAUACAAUGUGGAUGCGUCGCUCAGCAGCCUGCCGCUUCCUUCGAAUGUGUUUCUUCGCACGAGGAAGCCCUAG